AUGGCGACGCGAGCCGGCCUGCUGCGCCUGCUGCGCCUGGGCCGCCCCCUGCUGCCCGCCCCCCGCUGGGGGCUCCACGCAGGGCUUAUUGUCUCCCCCACACACACACACACACACCAGGGAUCCUUUCAACAGCAGGAAGAGUUCACCUCGCUGGAAGAGAAGCCUCAGUUCCCAGGUGCCUCGGCUGAGUUUGUGGACAGGCUCGAGUUCAUCCAACCCAACGUCAUCUCAGGGAUCCCCAUCUACCGGGUUAUGGACCGACAGGGGCAGAUCAUCAAUCCCAGUGAGGACCCCCAGCUGCCUAAAGAGCAAGUGCUGAAGUUCUACAGGAGUAUGACGCUUCUCAAUACAAUGGACCGGAUCCUGUACGAGUCCCAGAGGCAGGGCCGGAUCUCCUUCUACAUGACCAACUAUGGGGAAGAAGGCACGCACAUUGGCAGUGCAGCUGCCCUCGAUGACACUGACCUGGUGUUCGGCCAGUAUCGGGAAGCAGGCGUCCUGAUGCACAGGGGGUACCCUCUAGACCUGUUCAUGGCACAGUGCUACGGGAACGCCAGUGACCCUGGGAAAGGCCGACAGAUGCCUGUGCAUUACGGCUGCAAAGAUCUGCACUUUGUUACCAUCUCAUCCCCGCUGGCUACACAGAUCCCACAAGCUGUUGGUUCCGCUUAUGCCAUCAAGAGGGAGAACACCAACCGGAUUGUGAUCUGCUACUUCGGGGAAGGUGCUGCCAGCGAGGGCGAUGCCCACGCCGGCUUCAACUUCGCCGCCACCCUCGAGUGCCCCAUCAUCUUCUUCUGCCGCAACAACGGCUACGCCAUCUCCACCCCGACAUCUGAGCAGUACCGGGGCGACGGGAUUGCUGCACGGGGUCCGGGUUACGGCAUCCACUCGAUCCGGGUGGAUGGCAAUGAUGUUUUUGCAGUGUACAAUGCUACCAAGGAAGCCCGGCGUCGUGCAGUUGCCGAGAACCAGCCAUUUCUCAUUGAGGCCAUGACCUACAGGAUUGGACACCACAGCACGAGUGAUGACAGCUCUGCCUACCGUUCGGUGGACGAGGUCAACUACUGGGACAAACAGGAUCACCCAAUCUCUCGGCUCCGUCACUAUAUGGUGGGCCAAGGCUGGUGGGACGAGGAUCAGGAGAAAAACUGGCGCAAGAAAUCCCGCAAGAGGGUGAUGGAAGCCUUUGAGGAGGCUGAGCGCAAAUUGAAGCCCCAGCCCCAGCUCCUGUUCUCAGACGUUUACUGCGAAACGCCUUGGCAUAUCCAGAAGCAGCAGGAAUCCCUGGAGCAUCACCUCAAGCAAUACGGCGAACAUUAUCCCCUGGGACAGUUUGAGAAGUGAAUCCCCCCUUAUCCCCC